AUGAAUAUUCCUGUAUUUUCUACAAAAUAUUACAAUCAACUCCAGGAUCAAGUGUACGAAUGUUGUGAAAAAACAGCAGCCGAAUCGAUGCAAGAUGCUGCAGAAGAAGAAAAAAAAUUGGCUAUCGCAGAAGGUCGCACCAAAAAUAGCAAACCGGUAAUUGACGUUUACGUCGAUGCUUCUUGGUGUGCUAGAUCGUACGGAUCAAAUUAUAAAGCUGCUUCUGGAACUGCGGCAAUUAUCGGUAGAAGAACCGCAAAAUCACGAAGUUUAAUAGAAAACGUGAAUACCAAUCUUGUCGAAUAUUUCAACAAUGUCAUUGCGAAGUUUAUAGGAGGAAAGCGAAUAAAUUUUGCCUUGAAACGAGGGUACCAAGGGAGGUGUAAUGCUGCAGUCGUAAAAUUUAAUGAAAAGUCAGCCAUAUCGCAUGUGCAAAACACAUUAACAAAUAAAAAUCGACCCGACAUGGGAUUAACUGUAGUUGUGGAAAAGAAAAGGGAAGAUGCUCAGAAAAGAAAAAACAACUCAGAACGUCCAGUUAGAAAGAAAAUCAGGAAAUUGACAGACGCGAAACAAAAACAAAAUGACUAUGGCCCCGCCAGUUUAGAUCCGGAUAUGUCCCAGUCUGAACUAGAAGUAGCUAAAGAACAAUUUCUAAAAAAUUUAGAAACUCUUACUGCUGACAAGGACGCAAUUGAGCGUAAUACAAUAUUACAAAGAGACAGUAGUGAAUGGUUAGAAAUUCGAAAAAAUCUUAUUACUGCCUCUAAUUUCAGCCCUAUUUGCAAAAGGCAAGUAUCAAAAGACACCGCACCGCUGGAAAAUGAGGAACCUCUAACACAAAACAGUCCUGAUUUGUUAUCAGAUGCUAGUCCCCAACACGGAGGGGAGCGUCAUGAGGACUGUGGCUUUGACCCUCUAAGAGGAGACUCACGCUCAGCAUUAAAGAAUAUAUCGGUCGAUGAAAAUGAACCUGGACCUAGUACACGGAGAACUAGAUUUUAUUGA